AUGGCCAGAGAAGUUAGCAGAGUUGGCUACAAUAAUUUGCGAUCCUUUUCCUUUGCGAUCGUCCUCCUUCUGCUCGCCCCCGUUUAUGAAGCCAGGCCGGACGACCAAACAAAUUAUGGAGGAUUUGUUAGAACUAGGGGAACCCAUUUUGUGCUCAAUGGGUCUCCAUUUUACUUCAAUGGCUUCAACGCCUACUGGAUGAUGCAUGUUGCCGCUCAGCCCUCAGAGAGGAGUAAAGUAACACAAGUGUUUCAUGACGCUGCCAAAGCUGGCCUCACUGUAUGUCGGACAUGGGCUUUCAGCGACGGUGGUGAUGAAGCAUUGCAGAUUUCACCUGGCGUUUAUGAUGAGCGUCUUUUUAAGGCACUUGACUUUGUGGUUGCUGAGGCACGAAAGUACGAGAUUCGAUUGAUUUUGAGUUUCGUUAACAAUUACAAUGAUUUUGGAGGACGAGCACAAUAUGCUCAAUGGGGUCGAAAUGCAGGUAUCCAGACUAACAGUGACGACGACUUUUACACGCAUCCGACGUUGAAGCAAUAUUACAAGAAUCACGUGAAGCGAGUUAUAACCAGGUUCAACACCAUAACAAGAACCGUUUACAGGGAUGACUCAACAAUCAUGGCAUGGGAGCUCAUGAACGAGCCUCGUUGCCAGGCCGAUUACUCUGGAAGGACAGUUAAUGCUUGGGUUCAGGAGAUGGCGGGUUAUGUGAAAUCCAUUGACAACAAACACUUGCUAGAAGUAGGUAUGGAAGGCUUCUAUGGUGACUCCGUACCAGCGAGGAAGCAAUUUAAUCCUGGUUAUCAAGUCGGCACCGAUUUCAUUACUAAUAAUCUGAUCAAGGAUAUAGAUUUUUCUACCAUACAUGCCUAUCCAGACAUAUGGUUGUCAGGGAAGGAUGAUCGAACGCAAAUGGCGUUCAUGCGCAGAUGGUUGGAAAGUCAUUGGGCAGACUCAAGAAAAACGCUGAGAAAGCCAAUGGUCGUAGCAGAGUUCGGCAAGUCUAGCAAAGAUCCUGGGUACAGUAUCUAUGCAAGGGACUCGUACAUGAAAGCUGUGUACGGCACUAUCGACUACUUAGCCAAGUACGGAGGGACAGUCGGGGGGAGCCUGGUUUGGCAGCUCAUGGCACCAGGAAUGGAGCCAUAUCAUGAUGGCUAUGAAAUAAUUCUAUCGGAAAAUCCAUCCACCGAUGAAGUCAUUUCUAGGCAAUCGAGUCAAAUGGCCGGGAUGUCGCGUUUGAUGAUGGUGAUGACGAAUGCAUAA